AUGAGGGCAGGGUUGAGUACGAUCCUGCAAACGCUAACGCCGGAUGCUGCCAGUGUUUUGAACCACUCAAUAGCGGAAGCCGGUCGUCGGAAUCACAACCAGACGACUCCCCUCCAUGUUGCAGCGACGCUUCUCGCCGCUCCGACGGGGUUUCUCCGGCAAGCUUGCAUCCGGUCUCACCCUAAUUCCUCACACCCACUUCAGUGUCGGGCACUCGAGCUCUGCUUCAGCGUAGCGCUAGAACGGCUUCCGUCUGCUACAUCCUCGCCGGCCGUCACGGAACCACCGGUUUCAAACGCGCUCAUGGCGGCGUUGAAGCGUGCGCAAGCCCAUCAGCGACGUGGUUGCCCGGAGCAACAACAGCAGCCGUUGUUGGCCGUUAAGGUUGAACUCGAACAGCUUAUCAUAUCCAUACUCGAUGACCCGAGUGUGAGCCGAGUCAUGCGUGAAGCCAGCUUUUCAAGUCCUGCCGUUAAAGCCACAAUCGAACAGUCUAUAAAUAAUAAUAAUAUUUCCGGUGGGAGUCAUCUGAAUCAGUCUAGUCUCGGCAUCGGAUUCCGACCAUCUCCGUCGCCGACGACCCCAGUUCCGAUACCCAUCAACCGGAAUUUGUAUUUAAACCCAAGAUUACAAGGAGGGAAUCAUCAGAGAAAUGACGAAACAGCAGUAUCCUCAUCAUCUCCGAUGAAUCUUUAUUUGAAUCCGAGAUUACAACAAGGGAAUUUAAGUUUAAAUCAAUCAGACGAUGCCAAAAGGGUUAUUGAAAUCAUGACGAAAUCCAGAAAAAGGAAUCCAAUUUUAGUGGGUGAAUUCGAGCCUGAAUCAAUCAAGAAAGAUAUCUUGAGAAGGAUUCAAACGGGUGAUCUCGAGUUCAAGAACGCUGAGGUGAUUUCCAUCGAAAAGGAAUUUGAAUCUUUACCGGAUAAAUCACAGAUUCCGGCCAAGAUUAAGGAACUUCUCGAGUCCAGAAUUGGAGGCUCCGAUGAUGAUCGUAGAAGCAUUAUUAUAGAUUUAGCUGAUUUGAAAUGGCUGAUUGAGCAACCACCCACGGCGGCUGUUUCCGACAUUGGCCGUGAAUCCGUGGCGGAGAUGUCGAAAUUACUGGCCAAAUUCACGGCGGAGAACAGUAAAGUUUGGUUGAUCGGCACGGCCACUUGUGAGACUUAUUUGAGGUGCCAAGUUUAUCAUCCAUCCAUGGAAAACGACUGGGAUUUACAAGCUGUUCCGAUUUCAUCAAGAUCACCUCUCUCGGGCAGGUUUGGUACAAAUGGGAUUCUUGGGAGUUCAGUGGAUUCUUUAAAUUCGUUCAAGAACUUUCAAACAACAAUCUAUCAAAGACAUCCGACGUGCUGCCCGAAAUGUUAUCAUGAUUAUGAACAAGAAUUAGCGAAAUUAGAUGAGUCCAAGAGCAGUCUACCUCAAUGGUUACAGAACGCGAAAGCCCAGAAUGGGGAAAGUGAAACGAAAAUGAAUCGUCGAUCAUCGGUACUAAAUUCCGUUAAUGAUCAAGAAUUGCAGAAGAAAUGGAGCGAUAUAUGCACACGAAUCCAUCCAAACCAUAAUCAAAGCUUGAGUUUGGCAAGAAUGACUACAGGAUUUGUACCAGUUGUUCCGACGUACAAACCGGCCAACCGACGGGUUUUGGAGGCUCCUCGAAGCCCUGUUCGAACCGAGCUGGUUCUUGGACCAAAGGAGGUUGUCGAGGAUUCACCGGUUAAGGACCUGUUAGGGUGCAUCUCAUCGGAACCCCGAUCCAAGAUUGAGGAAUUCCAGAAGGGAAAAUUCGUCAAUUCAGCAGAUGCGGACUCGUUCAAGAAACUUGUCAAGGGUCUGAUGAAAGCGGCAUGGUGGCAGCCGGAGGCGGCUUCUGCAAUCGCUACAACCGUAACGCAAUUUUGUUCGAGGGGUAGUGUCUGGUUGUUGUUUGCUGGUCCAGAUCGGGUGGGCAAGAAGAAGAUGGCAUCGGUUCUUGCCGAGCAUGUAUGUGCGGCUAAUCCGAUCACAGUUUGCCUUGGGUCGAGGCGCGAUGAGGACGAAACAGAUCUCGGUUUUCGUGGUAAAAUGGUGCUGGAUCGGAUUGUUGAGGCGGUCCGGAGGAACCCAUUUUCGGUAAUCGUGCUCUCCGAUAUCGAUGAAGCCGAUAUGCUAGUACGAGCGAGCAUAAAGCAAGCCAUGGAGAGAGGCCGGUUUACGGAUUCAUACGGACGUGAGAUUAGCCUCGGGAGCAGUAUAUUUGUAUUAACUGGGAACUGGUCGACAAAUAACGUCGACGAGCAUCUGAUUGACGAGAAGCGGUUGCACUCGGCUGCAACCGGUGAGUGGCGACUCAAGCUGACCAUUUGCGAGAAACGGUCAAAACGGCGAGCGGAUUGGCUACCGGAGGAAAAAAUAUCCACGAAACAACAAAAGAAAGCAGGGUGUGGGCUCUCGCUCGAUCUCAACCUUGCGGUGGAUUCUGAGGAAGAUCGAACGGACGCCAGCGAUCUCACGACCGAGCAAGGAGACGAGAAUCCACAUUUUGUGGUAAAAACGUCGGUCCCACACGAGCUUGUGGGCCCAAGUGACGCAGCAGUGGUGUUCAAGCCGGUUCAGUUCGGGCUCAUCCGCCGUGAAAUCGAGAAAACGAUCAAAAACACGUUUUUGACCGUAGUCGAAGAGACUGUCUCGAUCGAGGUCGACGAAGGAACCCUCGACAACAUUUUAAGUGGUAUCUGGUUCGGGAGAACGUGUCUAGAGGAUUGGGCUGAAACUGUACUGGUUCCAAGCUUUCACAAACUCACGGAACACUUAUCGUCUACAAGAGGAAACUUGGUGGUUCGUCUCGAGUCUGUUCGGGAUCCCGAUCAGGCGGGCCAUGGUGGAGAUAGGCUGCCGAGCCAAAUUAAUGUAAUAGUAGAUACAGUUUAGAAGUGAAGGGGUUAAAUUUGUAAAACUUUAUUUCUUUUGGGAUCACAGUUGUAAAUAGACAAAUCUUUGGAUAACGAAGGGAAGGGGAAUAUAUGGAAAAUGUUUGAAACAA